AUGAAUUAUUUUCUUCCAGGUAUGCGAUAUUUCUUUAUACUGGUUAGUAUAUAUCACAGCGCAUGCUGUAUUGAAUAUUACUCUAAAAGUAACUAUGCACCUCUAGUGGAGACUAUCCAGGGAUCUGUUAUUGGCAAGUAUGUUAAAGUGAGCAAUACUAUAGUCACAGCCUUUCUUGGUAUUCCAUUUGCAAAACCUCCAAUAGGAGAGAAACGGUAUGCUAAGCCUGAACCAAUAACAAAGUGGGGAAAAACAAUAAUAGCCAAUAAAAAAUCACCCGCAUGCGAACAAUAUUCAAGUAGAGGCGUUCCCGCCAUCCCUAAAACAUUAAAAAUUAGUGAAGACUGCCUAUAUUUAAAUAUAUGGACACCAGUUCAUUGUUUUUGUAACACAACUGAAAAAUUACCUGUUUUAGUUUGGAUUUAUGGUGGAGCAUUUUUUCUAGGGUCUGCAUCUGCGCCCAUGUAUGAUGGGGGAGUAAUAGCUUCAUACGGAAAUGUUAUUGUAGCCAGCAUGAAUUAUAGGCUAGGAUCGUUCGGUUUCCUAAAUUCUGGCACUGAUGAAGCUCCAGGAAAUGUUGGUAUAUAUGACCAACUUUUAGCUAUGAAGUGGAUUAAAGCAAAUAUUCAUAGUUUUGGCGGUGAUCCAAGCAGUAUUACACUGUUCGGUCAAAGUGCAGGUGCGACCUCCGUUAGUUCCCAUAUGAUUUCUCCUCUUUCGAAAGGGUUGUUUCAAAAGGGGAUACAGGAGAGUGGUUCAAAUGUCUUACCAUACUACAAUCAAGAUUAUAAGGUUUCUUUAUCUAGAGCAAAUUAUUUUGCUAAAUUAGUUAAUUGCCGCAAUGAAUCACAAAUAUUUCCUAACAAUUCAAAGGAAAUAUUAAGAUGCUUGAAAGCGAAGAGUCCAUAUGAGCUUACACACGCUGAAGAUACAAUUACAUCCAAAGUCCUUGAGUAUUUCAAGCCUUGGUAUGGUAGUAAAUUUCUUCCAGAAAACCCUCGAACUGCUUUGAAAUCUGGUAAUUUCCCAAAUAUACCCAAUCUUAUCGGCACCAAUAAAGAUGAAGGUACAAUUGUUUUGGUUUAUUUUUUUCCCGAUCUCUUCCCAAUAAAUAAAACACCAAAGCUAACUUUUCUCCAGGCCAGAGAUGUAGUUAAAAGAUCUUUAAAAAUAUUUGAUGUAGAAGUUUCACCCGAAGCGGUAAUAGACUUUUAUUUUAAAAACGUGAACAAGGAAAAUUCUUCAGACAUAUUAAGAGCUGUAACACACUUUGCUGGAGAUAUAACGAUGGAUUGUCCGAGUUUAAUUUUUGCUGAGAACUGGGGUAAUUCGAGGUUAUAUUGGUUAACUCAUAUUUCUCGCAAGGAUCCUGCCGCACAGUGGAUAGGAGUAAGACAUUCCUAUGAACUUCAAUUUGUCUUUGGAAAGCCAAUAAUUAACAAGAAAAAAUAUACCGAAGAAGAUAAGAGAUUUAGCAGAGAUAUUAUUCAUAAAUGGACAAAUUUUGCUCGAACUGGGUAAAUAAAUUUUUUAUAAGAUAAUUUUCAAGGC